AUGAAGCAAUGUGAAAUAAAUAUGGAAAUCGGGUAUACUGGAUGUGCAGAUCGCAAAACGUGCUGGCUACCCAAAAUCCACCGUCGGCAAAUGCUGAAUUGGAGGAUAAGCUGUUAUUUCCUUCUCUUUCCGUCUCAUUCAUCUCAUGUUGCUCGCAUUGACUGGCUGGUUAUGACGGUUCAGUACUCCUUAGCUGCAGCGACAGCAACUGGGCUCACCUUCUGGCGUCUUUUGAGACUGUGGCGUGGUUCAGUAUGGAAGCUUGUGGUGGUAGAACUUAUCGUAUGGGCUGUGUGUUGUGUAGCUUUGGCAAUAAGUUACUUUUUUCUCGUGAAGGAUGGUGCGAAUGACGAGGCGUACUGUAGCGUUCUUGUCCAAUUGGAUUCGCUACCAGUAAAGGCUUCGUUAUCUGUACUGCUCGGCUUCACGGCUCGGACAUGCAUGAACAGAUGGAUGGAAGUGUACAAGUCACUAAUGUGGCCGGAGGGUCUUGCGUUGAUGUUCAAUUCGUUUUUCGAUGAUGACGCACUACCACCCGCGACAUCGAGAGCCGUCCGCCACUCUGUCUACCGUUAUCUCUUGCUCUGCUACAUCCUAAUACUUCGAGAUAUAUCGAUAUCAGUGAAAAAGCAGUUCCCGACCUAUAAACAUUUAAUUAAAGCGAAACUGUUGACUAAUGAGGAAUUGAAGCUCUUCGACUCGGCAAAUAUUGAACCUGACUACUGUCGUUACUGGAUUCCAGUGCUGUGGAUUGCUCAAACUAUCAAGAAGUAUUAUGUUCCGCAACAUGAAAGGAGUGCAGGGCAAAGAAGCGUGAUGAAGCAUGCACACUACGGGCUGGAUAACAAGGUCCCACAAGAUAACAAGAUGGCUCGUCUUCGUGCGACCCUUGGUGACAUUCUCUGCUAUGACUGGAUCCCAAUUCCUUUGGCAAACACACAGACCAUCACUUUUGCUGUGUAUUCCUACCUUAUUGUAGAUGGUAUACUCCAGCACUACCCCCUUUGCAAAUAUGAAGAGUUAAAUAUAGUUGCACUAGCAAGUCGGUUUGCAUUCAGUCUCUUGUUGAACACAUUUUAUUUGGGUUGGCUAAAAUGUAGUCAAGUAAUACUGAAUCCUUUUGGACUGGAUGACGACGACUAUGAGGCCAACUCGCUAGUCGAUAUGUAUCAACGAAAUCUAGCAGCAAUUUUAACACGACCAGAAAAAACUCCACCUGUUCAAACACACGUGCAUCGAACGCUACCACAUACAGUAGCAAGUGCGCUACUAAGCGGGAGAAGCGAGACAUCCUUGGUUGGUUCGAUGGCAGGAAAGCAAAUACCAGCGAGCGGACAAGAGAUUGUGAGUGCAAUGCGUCCUACAAAAGAAAAGUAG